GGUAUGACUCCGGCCCAGGGAGGGCUCCUGAAUCUGAGCAAGAUGGUGAGACUUAUGACUGGGAAGAUAGCCUUCCUCAACUACUGGCCCUAUGGUUGUCACUGUGGACUUGGUGGCAAAGGAGAACCCAAGGAUGCCACAGACUGGUGCUGUCAAAAACAUGAUUGCUGCUAUAAGCACCUGAAGAUCGAUGGAUGCAAGAUCCUGACAGACAAUUACAAAUACAGCAUUUCCCAGGACGGUAUCCAGUGCUCUGACAAGGGGAGCUGGUGUGAGAAGCAGUUGUGCGCUUGUGAUAAGGAGGUGGCCUUGUGCCUGAAGCAAAGCCUGGGCAGCUACAACAAGCGCCUGCGUUACUACUGGCAGCCCCGUUGCAAAGGCCAGACUCCCUCAUGCUAG